AUGUUGUAUUCUCAAAAAAAUUGGCUUCGGAAGUAGCAUCGGCUUUGAUUGAGGCUCCGCGGAACUCUAAUUUUAUCUUCGAUCAUCCGCACUUUCCAUCACCAAUUUUCCAGGAAAAAUGAGUGCUGGAGGUGCUGCGAUGCCUGAACUGGGCAGUAAAAUCAGUUUGAUUUCGAAAGCCGACAUCAGAUACGAAGGGAGACUCUUCACAGUAGACCCUCAGGAAUGCACAAUCGCCCUGUCAAAUGUGCGCUCUUUCGGCACAGAAGACCGCGAGUGCAGCUUUCCGGUGUCGCCUCAGAACCAAAUCUACGAUUACAUUUUGUUCCGUGGAUCCGACAUCAAGGAUAUUCGUGUUGUAAACACGGUCAAUCCUGUACCUAAUGAUCCGGCCAUCGUUACUUUGUCGGUGCCUCAGCCGCUUGCUAGCUCUAGUUUCCAGCAGCAACAGGCCCCCGCGCCCCAGCCUGCCCCGGUAUUCGGAGGUAGCGGCAUGUUGGGCCAGAUGCGCCAGAGUGUGCCUCCGUUCGGCUCGUCGUACAACUCGGUUGCGGCCAAUCUCUCUAGCGGCAUCCUGUCACACCAGGAUUCAGCGAAAAUCCUCUCCAGUGAGUGCCCUCAGGACUCAAUGUCCCCUCCGCGCCCCGGCGGCGCCAAAGUAGACGAAUCUCCAAUUGGCUUGUUGUCAGACCUGAUGUCAGGCAGGGCAAUGACGCCAGUCAAUGCUCGCAAGUCGCCCACCAUGGACCAGUCAACCCAAUCGGACCAGCACGGCAAAAGCCACCAAGUGGGUGCCAUCGGCAGCCGCGGUGCUCACAGACAACAGGGUGAGAGGGACGGCAGGGACUUCAACAGAGGUGGUGGACGUGGAGGGCCUCACAGGGGAGGAUGGAACAAUUACGACAGAGAAGGAUGGCAGAAUUAUGCUCAACAUUUGGAGAGAGUCGUUGACGCCUACAGCCAUGGCCGGAAUGAGGGUGAUAACCGCGGUUGGGGCCAACAAAAUAACCGCGGCGCACCCGGAGGAUGGCGCGGAGGUGCCCGUCGUGGACGGGGAGGACGUGGAGGCGCUCCGUUUAUCAGGGGUGGAGGCCCCCAGCAGCAAGGCGGCCCUCACCCUCAGCAAGGACAGCAACAGGGUGGCCCGAACGCCCCGAACCAGAAGAGAAACGUCCUCAAGUUUGAAGGGGACUACGACUUUGAGCAGGCAAACACUGAGUUUGAAAACCUGCGUUCUCAGCUGGCCAAAAUCAAGAUCACUGCCACAGCGGCCGGCUCGUCCAAUGUUGGCAUAAAAAUGGCAACUGCCGCCGACGUCACUCCUGGGCCAUUGAAGGCGGCGUUGAAUGGUGGUGAUACUUCAUCAGAGACCAAGGAAAAGCAGCCAGAAAUCGAGAACAAAGAUGAUGAGUCAGGCGAGUGUUUCUAUGACAAGGAGGUUUCAUUUUUCGACAACAUCAGCUGCGAAGCUAUUGAGCGCAGCAAAGGUGCAUCUCAGCGCACAGAUUGGCGCCAAGAAAGGAAGCUGAACUCGGAGACCUUUGGUGUUUCGUCAGCCCGCAGAGGCUACAGAGGAGGAAGGGGUGGUUAUUACCGUGGUGGAUCUGGCUACAGGGGCAACUAUAACAACAGGGGUGCGUUUCGAGGCAACCGCGGGGGUUACAACAACCAACGAAACCAGCAGCAGAACCAGCAACAACAGCAGCCACUAGCCGUUGGAGCCCAGCGAGGGAAGCCACAAAACUGAUUCAGGAAACGAAAUGAUUUGGACAAAUUAAUUCGACUGUUAUUAUUUUUAUUAUUUUUUUUGUCAAGCUCUGCGAGAGAUGUAGCAGAAAAGAAUAAUUGCAUCCAGUUAUUUAUUUUUUCUGGAAUGGAAUAGAAUUUCCGUAUUAUUAUUAUUUACACAGCAUUAAAUUCAGAUUCUUCUCAA